UGUUCACUCCUGGGCACCCGGGGAAGUGGAAGCGCCGGGCCCUGCUGCGGGGGGGAGAGCCACAGACGCCGGGACCGGGACCGCCGCCGCCGCCACCAUGAGUGACCAGCAGCUGGACUGUGCCUUGGACUUGAUGAGGCGCCUGCCUCCACAGCAAAUCGAGAAGAACCUCAGCGACCUGAUCGACCUGGUCCCCAGUCUGUGCGAAGAUCUCCUGUCUUCUGUUGACCAGCCCCUGAAAAUCGCCAGAGACAAGGUGGUGGGAAAGGAUUACCUUUUGUGUGACUACAACAGAGAUGGGGACUCCUACAGGUCACCGUGGAGUAACAAGUAUGACCCUCCUUUGGAAGACGGGGCCAUGCCUUCCGCUCGGCUGAGGAAGCUGGAGGUGGAAGCCAACAAUGCCUUCGACCAGUACCGAGACCUGUAUUUUGAAGGCGGCGUCUCAUCUGUCUACCUCUGGGAUCUGGAUCACGGCUUUGCUGGAGUGAUUCUCAUAAAGAAGGCUGGAGACGGAUCCAAGAAGAUCAAGGGCUGCUGGGAUUCCAUCCACGUGGUAGAAGUGCAGGAGAAAUCCAGCGGUCGCACCGCCCAUUACAAGCUGACCUCCACCGUGAUGCUCUGGCUGCAGACCAACAAAUCCGGCUCCGGCACCAUGAACCUCGGAGGCAGCCUGACCAGACAGAUGGAGAAAGAUGAGACCGUGAGCGACUGCUCCCCGCACAUAGCCAAUAUCGGACGCCUGGUAGAGGAUAUGGAAAAUAAAAUCAGAAGUACGCUGAAUGAGAUUUACUUUGGAAAAACAAAGGACAUCGUCAAUGGGCUGAGGUCUGUGCAGACUUUCGCAGACAAAUCAAAGCAAGAAGCUCUUAAGAACGACCUGGUGGAGGCCUUGAAGAGAAAGCAGCAGUGUUAGAGCUCGGCUCCGGGCUACCAGGACGCGCCACACGCUCGUUAGUUUCCUUUCUUAGAGAACUCGUCUUCUGCUCCCUUCCUCGCCCCGCGCCUCCCCACCAGGUCAUGUAACACCGGCUUCACCGACCGCACGGCGCCGUCUCCCCCGAGAAUAAAGCCCAGUCAACACCCUC